GAAGGGGGGGGGUUGGGGCGGUCGUCGGGGCGUCGCCGCCGCCGCUGCCAUGGCCGGUUGUUGUCAGUCGCUGGCAGCGGGGCAUGGCGACGGCGGUGAAUGAAUUCCCCGGGCGGCCGAGGGAAGAAGAAGGGCUCAGCCGGCUGCGGCUCCGCGGCCUCCCCCUCCCCGCCGCCCGGGCCGGCUCCCCCCGUGCCGCCGGCGGGGGCGGCGGCGGCGGCGGCUGCGGCAGCAGCGGCGUCCCCGUCCCCGUCCCGGUCCCGGUCGCGGUCGCCGCACAAGCGGAACCUGUACUACUUCUCCUACCCGCUCGUCGCCGCCUUCGCCCUGCUGCGCUUCGUCGCCUGCCAGCUGGGGCUGCUCCUCGCCUGGCUCUGCGAGCGCCUCUCCCGCGGCGCCCUCAUGGCCGCCAAGGGCGGCGGGGCCGCGGCCGGCGGGGCCGAGCCCGGCGGGGCGGCCGAGAGGGUGCGGGCCUGCCACAAGCGGGCCUUCGAGUGCAUCUCCGUGGCGCUGCGCAUCGACGAGGACGAGAGAGCAGGACAAAAGGAACAAGCUGUUGAAUGGUAUAAGAAGGGAAUUGAAGAACUGGAAAAAGGAAUAGCUGUCUUAGUUGUUGGUCAAGGUGAUCAGUGUGAACGAGCUCGACGUCUGCAAUCUAAAAUGAUGACAAAUUUGGCAAUGGCCAAGGAUCGCUUGCAGCUUUUAGAGAAGCUGCAGGCAGAUUUGCAAAUUUCCAAGCCGCAAAUGGAAGUCUAUAAUGACAGUACUAACCUGGCAUGCCGCAAUGGACAUCUCCAGUCAGAAAGUGGAGCAGUUCCAAAAAAGAAGGAUCCCUUAACACACACAAGUAAUUCCCUUCCACGUUCAAAAACUGUUGCAAAAACUGGAUCCACGGGCCUUUCAGGUCACCACAGAACACCUAGCUACAGUGGGAUAUCAACUGCUUCUGUGUCUAGACCAGCAGCGAACCCUACAACUUCAACUCACAAGGCUGUUCCUAAAAAUAGCAGAGCAAAUAAGCCUUCUACUCCUACCACUGCUGCUCGAAAAAAGAAAGAUAUGAAGAUAUUCAGAAAUGUGGACAGUAAUCUUGCCAAUCUUAUCCUGAAUGAAAUUGUUGAUAGUGGGCCAGCUGUCAAAUUUGAUGAUAUCGCAGGGCAGGAUCUGGCUAAACAAGCCUUGCAAGAAAUUGUUAUCCUUCCUUCUCUUAGACCUGAGUUAUUUACAGGACUUAGAGCUCCUGCACGUGGAUUGUUGCUGUUUGGCCCACCAGGAAAUGGGAAGACAAUGUUGGCCAAAGCUGUUGCUGCAGAAUCCAAUGCCACUUUCUUCAAUAUAAGUGCAGCAAGCCUAACUUCAAAAUAUGUGGGUGAAGGCGAGAAACUGGUGCGUGCCCUAUUUGCAGUGGCAAGAGAACUUCAGCCUUCUAUAAUUUUUAUUGAUGAAGUUGAUAGCCUUCUGUGUGAAAGACGAGAAGGUGAACAUGAUGCCAGUAGGCGUCUAAAAACAGAAUUUUUAAUAGAAUUCGAUGGCGUGCAGUCUUCUGGAGAGGACAGAAUACUUGUGAUGGGAGCAACAAACAGGCCACAGGAGCUUGAUGAUGCUGUUCUCAGACGAUUCACUAAACGGGUAUAUGUAUCUUUACCAAAUGAGGAAACAAGGUUGAUUUUGCUAAGAAAUCUUCUAAGCAAGCAAGGAAGUCCACUGACCCAAAAAGAGUUGGCACAACUAGCUAGAAUGACAGAUGGAUACUCUGGAAGUGAUUUAACUGCAUUAGCAAAGGAUGCAGCGCUGGGUCCUAUACGAGAAUUAAAACCAGAACAGGUGAAGAACAUGUCUGCCAGUGAGAUGAGAAAUAUCAAAUUAUCAGAUUUCACCGAGUCGUUGAAGAAGAUAAAGCGCAGUUUGAGCCCUCAGACCCUGGAAGCAUAUAUUCGCUGGAACAAGGACUUUGGAGAUACCACAGUGUGAAACACUACUUGCUGUGAAACAAAGUGCUGCCUGAGGAGCAAUUGGUACAGGCUACUGGAAAGCAAACAGUUUACAGGACUUUACAGAUAUUUAAGUAUCUGCAUUAAAACUUGAGAGUAAGAAGAAAUUAUACAAUGUGAAAUGUGUUCAUCAAAGCCUCCUUACCAUUUAGUGAGGAUUUACACACUGUAAGUAAGAGCACAGUAGGACUUGGGAUAAGAUUCCUAGCAAUCUGAUCAUAGUUUGAACAAUAAUUUAUGUAUUUUGUUUCAGCUAGAGGGCUCUGAUGAUAUUUAUCAUUGGAUGACCUUUUCCUCAUGUUCUGUGUGUUAUCUUUGUUUUUAAUUUUGCCAUGACACAUUAAUGUCUGGCUUUCUUCCUGACAACUACUAAUUUAUGGGUGGAUUUUUGUAAACUUCGGCUGUUUUUGACUUUUUUUUUACCCUUAAUGUGCCAAAUAAAACAAUUUCCCUAUGCAAAGAGGAAGAACAGCACUGGGAGAUUAAGAUUAUUAAAAUGUAAAAUGCAGCUGGUCUGUUAUUAUUUGUCUUUUUGUUUAGUUGUAAUGUGACUGCAUUGUUCACAGAACAGUUUUAAAAAAGACCUUUGACAGCAGAACAGCAAAAAAGCGUAUAAAACCAGUUCAAACUGUUUUAAAAAAAAAAGACUAAAUAAAAAAUAGACUAAGACAUUCAUUUACUGGCAGUAUUUUCUCUUAACGCAUUUUGUAAUGCUUCCAUUGGUAGAAUGUUAGCUUACGCUUAUGGUGUACGACUUGAAGCCCAGCUGAUGUCUGAGAGAGUAAGUGAUGCUAAUUGUCAAGUUUCAGAAACAGUGUGUUUCUACUUUGUAUUUUGGUCUGGUCUGGUUAUGAUAAUUGAAAGUAAAAUUUCCAUUGUGAUAAUUUUUUUAAUCUACACAUGUAAGCAUUAAAACACAAGGCUACAUGUUUAAUACACGGCACACAUUAAUGUUUUUAUAGCUUUCAUAUGUUUUGGAUUAUGUAUUAAAGUAUGAAACACUCGACUGAUCUGCUUUUUUAAAAGAAACUGCAUCUUUGUACAAAUACUUGGUUUUUUAUUAUAUAAAUGACAAGCUUUUAGGAAAACACAAGUGAUAGCCUUUAAAUACUGUAAUAAAGGAAAACAUCCUUGCCUUUACUUCUAAAGGCCUGACAUCUUGUUUACAAAUUCUGCAUCAAUUAAACACUGAGAUGUUUGUAAGGCAGAAUACUAGUUCCUUGUUAGAACAGUUUUAAAAUGAAAAAAAAAAAAACAGACAACUCUCCAAACUUAGUGAUGUUACAAAGUUGCAUAUUGUUUACAGUUGUUUUAACUAAAUUGAUUUAUUUAUUUUGUUUGCUCUUUGUCUUAACAGGAAAUUUUGUUCUUAGCUCUUCCUUAUUUUUUUAUUGGCAGGAGUAAGUCUUAAAUAUUUCUGGGACUACUCAUCUGAAAAAUUGACUAUAUAUAAUAUAUUUUAUAUAUGUGAAAAAGACAUAGGUGAUGCAGUGCAAAUAUAGUAAUACCAGCAGAGGACUCAGUGCUUACUGCGUGGUAUUAGGUACAAAAUAGCAGAAGCUGUAUAAAACUUCUGAGACACACACAUGUAAUAUGUUUGGGAUUCUGUUUUUUGAACCAGAGAUGCUUUUAACUUAUUUGUUUUUAAUAUAAGAGAAGAUUGUGUUACACUAGUAUGCCUUUUGAAAUAGUUUAACCAAACCAAUUCUAGCCUUCUAAGGGUAUGACUCUAUAAAAUGUAUGUCUGGUGUAAAUGAAAUGUGAUUUCUGUUCCCCUGAUUCACCUUCCUGGAGAAGUAAGAAAUGUUAAAAGAUUUCAGUUUCUCAGAUCUCAUGUCUUGGUUGCUUUGCCUUAGUUCUGCCUUCAGUAGAGUAUCUUUGUCUGAGAUUCCUGGCUGAUUUUAUAUGUAUUUGUCAUAGACUUCAUAGUGCUAAAUACAAAUACUAUUUUAUUACCACCUGCCAAAAAGCUAAGCAAGGCCCCUAGUCUUCCCAUUGAUAUAGUUUGUAAAUUUUCAUUGAGAUCCUUUGCAAAUGAGAACUUUUAAAACCAGAAGUGUUACCUUCAGUGUUCUUAAAUAUUCGUUAUCAAACUCAAUUUUCCUUCGUUUAAUUUUGAGGAAUAUACUGGUAUUGAUUUCAAAUAUGUGUAUUGGCAUGCGAUAGGUACCUGAAGAGUAGGGGGGGAACUUCCCAUCUGCUAAAACACUAGCAGCAUGCAGCAGGAAGGGUCGUAAGUCUGAGCUGCUACCUCAGAAUGAAGAAAGACCGGCCCCCUUUCGCUCGUUUGUAUGACCAGAUCGGGUCAGGAGUGUCUGUGUGAUGUCGUUACUGCUUUUUGGUACCUAUCCUGCCCCGAUUGUUUCCUGCAUAAUGACUGAACCUGAAGCUCUAUGAAUGACUUCUGUAACGCAGUAAUAAGAACUUAAUCUUGUUCUGCAACAUCAGUUUGCCCCAUAGCUUGUCCAUGGCCAAGUGCCAUUUGGUUCAUAAAUCGCGUUUACACUAUUUUCUGAAUAGUGUCUUUUAAUAAUAAUUCUGUUCCCCUCAAGGUGUUACAUCACAUUUUCUGGUUUCUUGUGUUACGUAUACUAAUUCCCAGCACAGUGAUUUUCAUCUGCGUGUUAGAUUAACCGUGUAUAAAGGAUCUAAAAACAAAACAAAAAGCAAAAAAAUCCACAAAUCUAUGGUAUUUUUAUAUAGAACUUCACAACCAUAUUUGCCAUAAAAUCAGAUUAUGUUCUAAUACAGAAUUUUGAAUUAGCAUAGGAUUAGCAGGACAGCAGCUUGGAUGUUUUUAACCUUUAUAAAGGGUAGGAUUGCAUUAACUCUCUAAACUGUCUUUAUUUUUUUAUUUUUCUGAACCUGCCCAUUGCUAAUGAAUGAGUGACUUGACCUACUUCUUUGAGAUGAUUAGGAAGCAGCUUGUCUGGCCCUCUGUAUGUGCUUUACUGAAAUUUAACAGUUACUGACUGGAGGGAAGAGGAAAAAAAAAAGUAGAACAAGCCCCUUAUUUUUUGACAACCUUGCUUACACCUCUUUGCCUGUUAUUAAGCAGGAAAUGCCUGUCUUUUCCUUCUGCCUGUUGGUAACAGUGUCUGCUAAGGCAGGAGGUUACUGCUUCUGGUGGCAAAACAGUAGGAGGGGGUGAAAAAAUUAAGCACUGUAUGUAUGCUCUUCCUUAAAAUGAGAGUAUCUCGUGUUAUGAUGUCCCAUUUAUUAAUGUUGACUCUUGUGGAGAGUACAUGAAACUUGUACUGGUUCUCUUCAUGUGGCUAAGAAAAUAGUAUGGAACAUUAAAUAUAAGCUGAAACCUUAAACUAGGAUACUUAUGCACAUAGUCUCUUCUGUUCUCUUUCUUAGAUUUAUGGAGUUCAGUACAUUAGGAAGAGGUUUCAGGGCAGAAUGCCCAUCUCUGACUACUUCAGAAAGUCAGUCACUAAUAUAGUUUUGUUGAAUAUGGCCCUGCAAAUUGCUUUAUGUAGAUAACAAAUGUGAUAGCAACACUUGAAAACUGAGAAGAAUGGAAUCUCUGAACGGAGAAGGAAGUGCUUGUCACUGCACUAAUUAGAGGCACUUGCUGAUUUCACUGUUAGACUCUCUUGAAUGUGAUUAAAAUGAUGGUUUUUAUGCAUAUGACUUCCUGUGACAAUUAAACUUACCUUCUGGUGUAGAAUAA